AAUCAAGUUCAGUCACUCGCGUAUCACCGGUUUGUGUAGUCGACUGAUAAGGGUCACUACAAUUUACCGGCAUUUUCAGUGCUCUUGAUUUUACAAAUCUUAACUAAAACUAUUGUGUUUCUGUUAUAUUACAGCUUUGGUCUGUACAAGUGCUUUAUAUAGUGCGUUAGCCGUGCACAGUUUCGUUUACUUAUCGAACUUGCUUUGAGGUAUGGAGUGGGAAGGGCCGCCCAAGCAAGGCUUGUACGACCCACAGAACGAGCACGAGGCCUGCGGUGUUGGUUUCAUUGUUGCCAUCGACGGCAAGCGUUCCCAUAAAAUCGUCCGCGAUGCAGAGACUCUCGCCAAGCGCAUGGAGCACCGCGGCGCGUGCGCGUGCGACAACGACACGGGCGACGGCGCCGGCGUGCUGACCGCCAUCCCGCACCAGCUGUACUGCGCGCAGCUCAGGGACAGUCACCAAAUCGAUUUGCCGCCGUUCGGGCAGUACGCCACAGGCAUAUUCUUCCUCGACAAGCUCCAUCAUCAGGAGAUAGAGAGGAAGUUCAAGGAGCUCGCCGACAGCCUCGGCCUCACCGUCAUCUGCUGGAGGACAGUGCCCACCAAUAACUCCAGCAUCGGUCAGGUGGCUCGUAACUCGGAGCCAUAUAUGCGACAAGUGUUUGUUACCGGAGAUAUCGCCGACGAAAACCAACUCGCACGUCAGAUAUUCGUGCUCCGCAAGAGGGCGUCCCAUGAGCUGGUGGUGCCUGGCGCUCGGUUCUAUAUCUGCAGCUUGUCAUUGAGAACUGUUGUCUACAAGGGGCUUCUGACUUCUAAUCAAUUAUGGGAAUACUUCAAGGAUCUGAACAACCCGGCGUUCACGACGUACCUCGCGUUAGUGCACACUCGAUUCUCAACCAACACCUUCCCCAGCUGGGAACGUGCCCAUCCUUUGAGAGUACUUGCCCACAAUGGCGAAAUAAAUACAUUACGAGGUAAUGUAAAUCUCAUGAAGGCUCGGGAGGGAGUCAUGAAGAGCGAGCUUUUUGGAAAAGAUUUGAAGAAGCUCUACCCGGUAGUGGAGCCGAAUCUCUCUGACUCCGGCUCAGCGGACUGCGUGCUGGAGUUCCUCCUCCACUGCGGCAACCGCACGCUGCCCGAGGCCGUCAUGACCAUGGUGCCCGAGGCCUGGCACAACGACCCCACCAUGCCGAAGGAGCGGCGCGACUACUACCAGUGGGCCUCGUGCGCCAUGGAGCCCUGGGACGGCCCCGCGCUUGUGUCUUUCACUGACGGUCGAUAUAUUGGUGCCAUUCUAGAUAGAAACGGUUUGAGGCCGUCUCGCUUCUACGUCACCAGUGAGAACAUUCUCGUCAUGGCGUCCGAAGUGGGAGUGUACGAUAUCGACCCGGAAAAGAUUAUUUUGAAGAGUCGUCUGAAGCCCGGCCGCAUGCUGCUGGUGGACACGGAGGGCAAGAAGAUCAUCCAGGACGUGGAGCUGAAGAUGGAGAUAGCGCGCAGCCGCCCGCACUCGCAGUGGCUCCAGGAGCAGAUAACGAUGGAAGACAUCCACAAAUCGGUGUCUCUACAGAACGGUUCCGUACCCAAUGGUUUGAACGGCGCUAUAUCCGGUCUCGGCGACAAGAGGCUCGGCCUGUUCGGAUACACCAUCGAGUCCAUCAACAUGCUGCUGCUGCCCAUGAUACAGAACAAGAAAGAAGCUCUGGGCAGCAUGGGCAACGACGCCCCCCUGGCGUGCCUGUCGCGCUUCGAGCCCCUGCCCUACGAGUACUUCAAGCAGCUGUUCGCGCAAGUCACCAACCCCCCCAUUGACCCCUUCAGAGAGAAGAUCGUGAUGUCGCUGCUGUGUCCGAUCGGGCCCACCGCCAACAUCCUGCAGCCCAGCCCCAGCUUCGUGCACCGGCUGUUCCUGCCGCAGCCGAUCCUCUCCAUACCGGACCUGGAAGCCUUGAAGCAGACCAACUAUCGGGGGUGGAAGACCAAAGUAAUCGACUGCACGUUCGACAUAGCGGACGGCGCGCACGGACUGGAGGCGUCGCUGAGUCGAGUGUCGGGCGAGGCGCACGGUGCGGCGGUGCAGGGCUACCAGCUGGUGGUGCUGACGGACCGCGCGGCGGGGCCCACGCGCGUGCCGGUCAGCUCUCUGCUGGCGCUCGGUGCUGUACAUCAUCAUCUGAUCGAGACUCGCCAGCGAAUGAAGGUCGGGCUCAUCGUGGAGACGGCUGAAGCGCGGGAGGUGCAUCACAUGUGCGUGCUACUCGGUUACGGAGCCGACGCCAUAUGCCCAUACCUGGCCUUCGAACUGGCUUUCGCGCUGCGAAACGACAACUUGAUCGACCCCAACCUCACCGACGCUGACAUCUAUUUGGCAUACCAGAAGGCCAUGGAAACGGGUUUGGCCAAAGUGAUGGCCAAAAUGGGCAUCAGCAUGUUGCAGUCGUACAAAAGCGCUCAGAUCUUCGAGGCGGUUGGUCUCAGUGAGGAGGUCAUUGAGAAGUGCUUCAGAGGAACUCAAUCGAGAAUUGGUGGUGUAACAUUCGAGAUCUUGUCGCAGGAGACCUUCGACAGACACGCACUGACGUACGGAGAUUGUCGAGACAUGCUCGUACUACGGAACCCGGGCAACUACCACUGGCGCGCGGGCGGCGAGAAGCACAUCAACGAUCCGAUGUCCAUCGCCAACCUGCAGGAGGCCGCGCUCAACAACAGCAAGUCUGCCUACGACCGAUACCGGGAGAGCGCUCUGGAGUCAGUCCGUGCGUGCACCCUGCGCGGACAACUCGAACUCGUGAAGCUGGACGAGCCCAUACCGCUGGCGGACAUUGAGCCGGCCUCGGAGAUCGUCAAACGAUUUGCUACUGGUGCGAUGUCCUUCGGCUCCAUCUCCCUGGAGGCGCACUCCACCCUGGCCGUGGCCAUGAACCGCGUGGGCGGCAAGUCCAACACCGGAGAGGGCGGCGAGUCGGCCGACCGGUAUCUUAACCAGGACCCAGAGUUCAACCAGCGGUCAGCCAUAAAGCAGGUGGCGUCGGGGCGCUUCGGCGUCACCGCGUCGUACCUGGCGCACGCGGACGACUUGCAGAUCAAGAUGGCGCAGGGGGCCAAGCCGGGGGAGGGCGGCGAGCUGCCCGGCUACAAAGUAACGGAAGAGAUCGCAAAGACGCGUUGCUCGGUGCCGGGCGUGGGGCUGAUCUCACCGCCGCCGCACCACGACAUCUAUUCCAUCGAGGACCUGGCCGAGCUCAUCUACGACCUCAAGUGCGCCAACCCUCGGGCGCGCGUGUCCGUCAAACUCGUCUCCGAAGUGGGGGUGGGGGUCGUCGCGUCGGGGGUGGCUAAGGGCAAAGCAGAGCACAUAGUGAUAUCGGGUCACGACGGCGGCACCGGAGCCAGCUCGUGGACGGGCAUCAAGAGCGCCGGCCUGCCGUGGGAGCUGGGCGUCGCGGAGACGCACCAGGUCUUGGUGCUCAACGACCUGAGGUCUAGGGUGGUGGUGCAGGCAGACGGACAAAUUCGCACCGGCUUUGACGUGAUGGUGGCCGCCUUGCUCGGCGCUGACGAGUUCGGGUUCAGUACAGCACCGCUUAUCGCUUUGGGCUGCACGAUGAUGAGGAAGUGCCACUUGAACACGUGCCCGGUGGGCAUCGCCACGCAGGACCCCGUGCUGCGCAAGAAGUUCGCCGGCAAGCCGGAGCACGUCAUCAACUAUCUGUUCAUGCUGGCUGAGGAGGUCCGCACGCACAUGUCGGAGGUGGGCGUGCGCACGUUCCAAGAGCUGGUGGGGCGCACGGACCUGCUGCGUGUGCGCGAACGCAACGACAAUCCCAAGGCGCGCCUGCUCAACCUGGCGCUCAUACUGAAGAACGCGCUGCACAUGCGGCCCGGCGUCAACAUCGUGGGGGGCUCCAAGGCGCAGGACUUCCAACUAGAGAAGCGGCUCGACAACCAGCUGAUUCAGCAGUGCAGCGGCAUACUGGAAGGCGCGGACACACAUGUCGACAUCGCUAUGAAGAUUACGAACGAGGAUCGUGCGUUCACUUCCACGCUGUCUUAUCAUAUUGCUAUGAAGUUCGGUGACGCGGGGCUGCCGGACGGCACCACGGUGGACAUCUCGCUGACGGGCUCGGCGGGACAGAGCUUCUGCGCCUUCCUGUCCAAGGGCAUCACUGUCACGCUCGAGGGAGACGCUAACGAUUAUGUCGGCAAAGGUCUGUCGGGUGGCAAAGUAAUCAUUUACCCGCCGAAGAACUCAACGUUCGAGUCGCACGUGAACGUGAUCGUUGGCAACGUGUGCCUGUACGGCGCCACGUCCGGCAGAGCGUACUUCAGAGGGAUAGCGUCGGAGCGGUUCUGCGUGCGCAACUCGGGGUGCGUGGCGGUGGCGGAGGGCGCCGGCGACCACGCGUGCGAGUACAUGACGGCCGGCACCGUGCUCAUCCUGGGGCUCGUCGGCAGGAACUUCGCGGCCGGCAUGAGCGGCGGCAUCGCCUACGUAUACGACAUCGACGGCUCAUUCAGCAGCAAAUGCAACCCGGAGAUGGUGGAACAGUUGCCGUUGGAGAAGCAGGACGACUUGGACGAAGUGCAGAAGCUACUCGAGGAGUUUGUGGAGUACACUGGGUCCAUAAUGGCCAAGAAUCUUCUGGAAACGUGGCCCGAGCCAGCUAAGAUGUUCGUGAAAGUGUUCCCCUACGAGUAUCAGCGCGCGCUCAAGUCGAUGGCCGUGAAGCAAGCCGCGCCCAGAGCCGAGAGCAACGGCAAACUGGAGGAGAACGGCGUCGUCGACAUCGAGGAGGCCGUGCGGAACGUUGAGAUGGAUAAGAAGAACUUGGAGAAGAUACUUGAUAAGACCCGAGGCUUCAUCAAGUACCCGCGCGAGACGUCCAUGUACCGGCCGGCGGAGAAGCGGCUGCGCGACUGGGGCGAGAUCUACAACUUCGGCGGCGUGCGGCGCGGCCUGCGCGUGCAGGCGGCGCGCUGCAUGGAGUGCGGCGUGCCCUUCUGCCAGUCGGGCCACGGCUGCCCGCUCGGCAACAUCAUCCCCAAGUGGAACGACCUCGUCUACCGCGCCGACUGGCGGCAGGCGCUGGCGCAGCUGCUGCAGACCAACAACUUCCCCGAGUUCACGGGGCGCGUGUGCCCCGCACCGUGCGAGGGUGCGUGCGUGUUGGGCAUCUCCGAGCCGCCCGUCACCAUCAAGAACAUCGAGUGCGCCAUCAUCGACCACGCCUUCGAGAGCGGCUGGAUCCAGCCGGAGAUCCCGGACAACCGCAACGGUAUGAGUGUCGCCGUGGUGGGGUCGGGGCCCGCCGGGCUCGCCUGCGCUCACCAACUCAACAAGGCGGGCUACACGGUGACGGUGUUCGAGCGCAACGACCGCGCGGGCGGCCUGCUGCAGUACGGCAUCCCCAGCAUGAAGCUGAGCAAGGAGGUGGUGGCGCGCCGCAUCCGGUUGCUGGCGGCCGAGGGCGUCGCCUUCAAGUGCAGCGUCGACGUCGGCAAGGACAUCUCCGCUGCCGACUUGGCCAAUGAAUACAACGCGCUGGUGCUGUGCAUGGGCGCCACGUGGCCGCGCGACCUGCCGCUCAAGGGCCGGCAGCUGGGCGGCAUCCACUUCGCCAUGGAGUUCCUGGAGGGCUGGCAGAAGAAGCAGGCCGGGCCGGUCCCGGGCCACGCCAGCAAGGAGCCCCCCGCCUUGUCCGCCAAGGACAAGAACGUGCUCAUCAUAGGCGGCGGUGAUACGGGUUGCGACUGCAUAGCCACGUCACUCCGUCAAGGCGCCAAGUCUAUCACGACGUUCGAGAUCCUGCCCGAGCCGAAGAAGGACAGGGGGCAAGACAACCCGUGGCCGCAGUGGCCGAGAGUGUUCAGGGUGGACUAUGGCCACGAGGAAGUGAAGGUCAAAUUUGGAAAUGACCCGAGGAAAUUCUCUACACUCACCAAAGAAUUCUUGGACGAUGGUGAAGGCAACGUGUGCGGCGUGUCGGCGGUGGAGGUGGAGUGGACGCGCGGGCCGGGCGGCCGCUGGGAGAUGAGCGAGGUGGAGGGCUCGGCGCGCGUGUAUCCGUGCGAGCUGGUGCUGCUCGCCAUGGGCUUCCUGGGGCCCGAGCGAUACGUGGCCUCGCAGCUAGACUUAAUUCUCGACGCGCGCAGCAACAUCGAGACUUCGAAGGAGAACAUUUACCAAACUCCAAUGGAAAAUAUUUUUGCUGUGGGAGAUUGUCGCCGUGGUCAAUCCCUAGUAGUAUGGGCCAUCUCGGAAGGUCGGCAGGCGGCUAGGGCAGUGGACGUAUACCUGUCAGGGAAGUCGUGCCUGCCCGGACCGGGAGGCGUCUUGUACACGCACUGAACGGCCCCGACACGUGACCGGCACGUGACCGUCACGUGGUCGACGCGUGACCGGUGCGAGAGACGACGUAUCAGACAACGUAUAUUAUUUGUAAAACUGUUAACGUAGUACGUAGAGAUAUACGUCAGUUGAGAAUUUGAGAUUGUCCAACUUUAUGUAUGAUUUAAUAAUUUAUUUUUUUAGAGUAAUGUUUGUAAAAUACCCGCAUUUCCCGGUUUUCAUAUGAAGUUAUUUUUGGGUAUACAAAAAACCCAUGAAAUUAUGCAAAAAUCAUGUCAAUGUCAGUGACAUACAUGCAAAUAGGCACUACUUACUUUCAACGCUUUUUUUUAAAAAAUAGUAUUGGAGUAAAUCCUCCUAUUCCGAAUAUGUGCCAUUUAUCAACCCUGUUACUCGACCUUCGUUUUUUAUAAUUACAUGAAAUUGAUGCACUUAACAAUUUAUAAAUGCUGGUAUUUUACGAGUAAUGUAAUAUCUAUACACACUUAUCGCCAUAAAAAUAUGUAAUUUUUCAUAUAAAAACUUUAUCGAAUGUUAAAUUUCGUAGAAUGGAGCCAAAAAUACAGAUAAGUAAAUGAAAUAUUUUUCACAUUUAAAAAAAAAUUAUAUGCGUAAAACACUGAUAUUAAUUAUUUUGUCGUUGUUAUUAAACAUUCCGUUUAUAAACGUAUUUACGUUAUGGAAAAUAUUGUUUUUAAAAAAAAACAAUUUUGUUGUUUAUAAACCUUGUCGUUGUUGUGAUUGAGUUGUUAUAAAAGAUUUUGAUGUUUUUUUUUUCAAAUCAACCAGUAUUUAAUUUUAAUCUAUAAUGCUUAGUUAUUAUAAUGUUUUUUUUCUCACGAAGAUCAAAAGCUAGAAAUUGGAUUGUGAGACAUAAAUUAUGAUUUUUUUCUAAAAGAUCUAAUGUUGUAUAGCAAGUUCUGGUACUAAUAAGUUCGUUCGUAAUCGUGAUAUAUAUAUAAUGAAGGUAGCAUAUUUUUUAUUAUAUACAUGCAACCGAAUAUUGAACCUCCACCUUUUUGGACGUCGGUUAUAAGCGAGUAACGUGACUGACACCUCAACUACGCUUUGCAAGGUUGGAGCGUAUGACAUACUAAAGCCUAACUCAUUGUGGCAUCUUUAUCAACAAACAAAUUGAAAAUUAAGGUAGAAAACGACCUGACAUUUCUUACCUUAUUUAUGUAAAAUUAAUUUAGGGAGAAUUUAAUUAAGAUGAUUAUUAAAUGUAAGCGAUUUUUACCCUCAUUUUUAAUUUGUUUGUUGAUAAACAUUCCAUAUCGAGUUUGGCUUUAGUAUAGAGAGAGACUUCUUCAUUCAUGUGCGCGUAUUGCCGCUAGCUCUGGCCUCUGGCCUCACUGGCCUCUUUGGCCUCUUUGGCCUCUCUGGCCUCAUUGGUCUCUUUGGCCUCUCUGGCCUCACUGUGACAAACUCCACAUUACUGGACUACAGCGGAGGUCUCAACAGGUUUACCUAUAGUAUCAGCCGAAGUGCCGUAUAAAGGCACUGCUUUUUUAUGUCGAAUAUAAUAGAUUAAUUAUUAUUUGUAAACUAUAAUUUAUAAUGAACAUGAAAUUGGAUCUUUAUUAUGUGAAUCUUUUGAUCAUUUAAAUCAGGUUUUCCCAACCACUAAGAAUGUUGAUGGAAAAACAAACCAUUAUUUUAAUGAUAAUAAUUAUUCUGUUGCAUAUUAUGGAUAUCAUCCGGAAUAAAGAUCAGGCUUCCAGUAUGUCCUGAGUUCAAUUCCUGUACAAUCCUGUAAAAAAUCUAUAAUAUUCUCUAAAUCUGCCUUGAUCUUGUCUAAUGAUGGUAAUUUGCAGAUAAAUAACUAUAGUUACUUUAUCUGCAAAUAUUUAAAAUAUGUGCCUAUGUAUAGGCGAGGGGCGCCAAAAGGUUGGGAAGCCCUGAUUUUCUUAUUGUUUAUUAUAACUAUCAUCGUCAUAGAUAGUGAUUUUAUUUAUGGGAUGUGAACAAGUUUGUUCAUAACUAGACCUUAAGUAUAAAGCAACAGAGUGAGUUAUUGUUCAACUGUGAUUGUUUUUCGGUGUGUGUAAGUGUGUGAAAUUUUCUGCAUACAGUGGCGUGCAAAUGUAUUGUUUGACACUUUCUGCAGUAUUUGUAAUACAAAUUCUGUGGUUUAAAAUAAAGCCAUAAGUGCUAUAGCACGCUAUUUUGAUAAAUGGUACAUUAAAAGGAUAAUUUUGUCGGAAUAGACUGUGUUGGGUGCGACAAUAGUCCAGCGGGCGGGGAUUGAACCACCACCUCUCGGUGAUGAGCCCGACCUCUUUACCGCUGAGUUAUUGAGGCUCAUGUCUACGCGACAUAAUACCGAAAUGCUAAAUCGCUUGACAUAGGUCUUUGCCGGUAGGGUGUAACUAGCCACGGCCGAUUCCUACCACCAGAAUGCACGCCACUGUGUGCAAUAACUUUACGUGUGAAAUAGAGGCGCUUCACAAGUUCCUACGUGAAUUAUUUAAAAGCUCUUCAGGUGAUCCUGACCCAAUAAAUACAAAAAUAACUAAUACUAACGUUUUUGACGUGACAAGGUCUUAUAAUUCGAUGGAGCCGGCUGCACAAUCGAAAAAAUAUGACGUCGUUCCCUCGCUCUAGGGUUGCCAACUUUUUUUUUACAAGAAAUUAAGUAUAUUCUGGUCUAUGAAGAUUAUUAAACAGUAUUUUAGAAAAACGAACAUUUUCUUUUGAAAAAUGCAACCAUUCCAUCAGUAUUUUCUUAUGACGUUGUCACGUUCAACUAUCGUCAGUAAACCGACUUUACAGACAACUGAUUUUUUGCUUAACUCCAAUAUGUAUACGAAUUUAUUUUUUAUCUAACUACUUACUUUACUAACUUCUUUCUUUGUAACUCUAGAUUCGAAUGCAAAAUUGUAUUUUGUCCACUGCAGUGGAAAGUUAAUCUUGUGAUGAAAAUAUCGUAUUAAAUAUAAUAGUAAUAUCGUCAUUGUCUGAAGAGUUUAUUUUUUUAUUAGUUUUAAAUUUUGUAGCUAACUUUAAUCAAUAUUACAUUAUUAUUAUAAGUUUUAAAUAUGAUACAUUUAUGUACGUACAACAGAUCCAUAGUUUGUAUGUAUAAAUAUUUUUAUUUUUACAUAAAUUAUACUAUUUUAAUGGUACUGUAGCUGUAAAAAAAUCUGUUUCUUUUUUCAAUUGAUACUAUUAACUAUAGAAACUAAUUUAAUUCAAUCUAACGAAAAAAAAUAUUGCUCACCAUCAGUUCCUUACCUUUUUUCUUUAUAUUAACCGAUGGAAUCAAUUUCUAAACAUAUUUGUUUCCAAAAAGAAUAAAAGUAAAUCAGUAUUGUAAUUUUACUUUUAUUUAAUUUUAUUUUAAAUUAAGUCGAAAGUGAAAAAUUAAAUUAUUUUCAGAUAUUGUGUAAAGUACAGUUGUUAAUUUUUAUUUAUUUGAAAUAAAAGUUUUAUUAAUUUA